GUGACGCUGUAUCCGGACAACCUAAGCUAACAUUACACAGAAUUGAAAAUUAAAAAUGGAUUUCUUGUAGCUUCUCCGACAUGUUCGUCUCAUUUCUUUGAUGUAAAGAGCAGUAACAUGAGGUGUUGGGCAGACUUCCCUCUGCUCGUCGUCUCGGCCCCGCAAAGCAUUUAGCUUGCUAUGGAAGGGCCAGUUCAUUGUUAGCUUAGCUUUAGCCAUGCUCUCACUCCUCUUUCACUUGUCUUCUGGGUUGCGGUUUGCUUGCGACAGGGACCACGGCUACUAGCUAGCUUGGUAGCUAGCUAGCCGAGCAUUUUCUCCAUUAUUAGCGUUUUUUUUGUUUUCUCGAUUGUGCUUAAACAUACUUUCCGGAUUUUUCGUUGCUGCCACAUUUCGUCUUAAGGCAGCGGAAACAGCUCCUAAACAUUUUUAACAAGUGAAAUUAGCUGAUUAGCUUAGUUGGCAACAUAGCCAGCCGGCAAACUUUGGGAAAACGUCUCUUGGACUAAGAUAAGUUGUUGACUUUGUUUUGACACACGGGGAACAUUACGGCCAUCAACACAACAGGGCCAAUUACGGAAUUUUGACGCUUCCCACCGCUCAAGGGUUUUGGUUUGUGGUUAUAUGCCACGAUGGCUUCAUCCUCUGGAAACGACGACGACCUCACAAUCCCCAGAGCAGCUAUCAACAAGAUGAUCAAAGAAACUCUCCCUAACGUACGAGUGGCAAACGAUGCCAGGGAGCUGGUGGUGAACUGCUGCACAGAGUUCAUACACCUCAUAUCCUCCGAAGCCAAUGAAAUAUGCAACAAGUCCGACAAGAAGACCAUAUCUCCUGAGCAUGUCAUCAAUGCCCUCGAGAGUCUUGGUUUUGCAUCAUACAUCACCGAGGUGAAAGACGUCCUGCAGGAGUGUAAGACUGUGGCUCUGAAGAGGAGGAAGGCCAGCUCCCGACUGGAGAACCUGGGCAUCCCAGAGGAAGAGCUGCUCAGACAACAGCAGGAGCUGUUUGCCAAGGCGCGGCAGCAGCAGGCAGAGCUCGCCCAGCAGGAGUGGUUGCAGAUGCAGCAGGCCGCCCAACAGGCACAGAUGGCGGCAGCGUCUGCCAGCGCCUCCCAGCAGGCCGGCUCCUCUCAGGAUGAAGACGAAGAAGAUGACAUUUGAGCCCAGGACGCCACUCAACUUGUCCAAAUCUGUCACAGAUCUCACAGUACUGUCAGUGACAUGACAUGUGUUUCACCACUGGAACACAUCAGUGAACCAUUGGAAAUGCACAUUGUGGAAGGGACAGGAAAGAGAAUGAAGGGGGAUUUUAAAAUAGUCACCCGUUCAGAUAUCAGUUCCUGAAAAUAAUUUUGGAUUGAGAGGCUGUUAAGGAAGUUUUUGACUAGACCCAUCUUCCCCCCUUUUCCUAGUUGCUCCUAUUAAAUUGUUUUGAUAUUAUGUUUUGAGUAUUUGUAGAAUUCUGGUUGUGUUGUGGACACACUGAAGGAAACUGUUGCCUGGGAUAUGUUGGUGAAUUUCGGUGACCAUGCAGCAAGCGUUCACUCCUGCGGGCACUGGACCAGACAGCUUAGUUUAUUUUUCCGUUUGACUAUAUCACUUUGGUUGUUCUAGGAAAACAUGUUUGUAAUAUUUCAGAGCUGUCAAUUCCGCCCUCCUUGUGGUUUGACAGCCAUUUUUACAGACAGGUUUUUUCCCUGUCUUGGUAUAUUUGUUCAACAGAGGAUUGAUGGGGUGUGAAUAUGAGAUAUUACUUUGUUAACCAAGGAACUUAAUUGAUAUUUUGCAUUAUUUUAGUUCCGUCAAAUAUUUUAUGUUUCAUUAUCAUCUACAUUGAACCACCCACAGUAUUUCUAAUUAGCUGCACCUUUCCAAUUUAGUUUUGCUCCAGAGCCAAAGAGGAAAGACAGACAGCUCAGACUUAGUGGCCCUGUGCACACCUGGUAUUAACAUCCGUCAUUCAGAGAUCUGAUCACAAGUGGCCAGCGCUAAGUAUGUGUGUUCACUCCCAGCACUAAAGUGCAUCCUGAAUGUGUCUCCUGCGACCACUUGUGAUCGGAUCUCACUUCCCUGCUCUACAUGUAAAUCAACGUGUGUGUGUGUGUGUGUGUGUGUGUGUGUGUGUGUGUGUGUGUGUGUGUGUGUGUGUGUGUGUGUGUGUGUGUGUGUGUGUGUGUGUGUGUGUGUGUGUGUGUGUGUGUGUGUGUGUGUGUGUGUGUGUGUGUGUGUACAGAUUUAAGGAAAUUAAAGUAGCGAUCAUCAUGUGGUGAUUGGUGUUGAUAUUGUGGCACGGGUUACAAAUAAGUCAUCCAGAAUACAAAAUAUACGUUUGAAACGUGAUAGGACGUCAGCUGAGUAGGAGGUCCUUCAUAUGUAGCCCAGGAUGAAUUUGGGUUCCUCUGUUAAAAGGAAUGAGUGCGUUCAUGCCAGUACUCAAAGCUCUCCCUUUGGAAUCGGGUCACAAAAACCACAUGUUAAUAUCAGGUGUGUACGGGGCCAGUGUAAAUUUUUUAAAGGUGAAGGUGCUGCCGUGAUUCUUGUUGCUGACUCCUAGUCAGGGUAAACAACGUUAAGGAUUAUCAACCUAUGACUUUGUAAGAGGCUUCGAUAUCCAGGCUGAAUUUGUUAUUUCCGCACUGCUUGGAUGCAGUGUCAAACAUUUGGAUUUUGACUAUGGUCAGUCCUCGGUGUAAAGACAAGUAACCUAGUUGUGAUACAUGCACUUCAAGGAUGUAUUCUUUCAGCAAUAAAGGAAACCUGUUUUA